AUGGCGCCUCCCAGGUGGGCCGCCAGCAUCGACGCGUUCCGCACCGUGCCGGCGGACCUGGCCGAGGCGACGGGCACCGGGGCGUUCAUGACGUUGGUGGCGGUCGUGACAUGCUCGGUGUUGUUCUUCUGCGAGGUGAGCGCGUUCGUGACGGCCAAGCCCCGGACGGACGUCGUGUUGGACAGCAACCAGGACUCGCAGCUCCGCAUCAAUUUUGACGUCUCCAUGCUCGACAUGGCGUGCGACCACGUGACUGUCGGGGUCUGGGACGCGUUUGGCACCGAGAGGAUGAACAUCACCAGGACGAACGUCGUGAAGACACACCUCGACCACAACGGGGCGUCGAAGGGCCACCCCUACACGGAGGACGAGCUGGUGGCGCUGGAGUUCGCGGACGCCAGCUUCUCCACGGAGGAGCAGCGAGAGCUGGACUCCGACUGGAGCACUCCUCACCUCCCCAUGCUUUCGCAGGAAGAGCGCAAGAAAGGCCAAGUUCGAGGUUGGAGAAUAAUUCGAUACGGCGCCAGGUCAUAA